AUGGAGAAUUCCAACGGCACAAAAACUCCGGGGAGAAGGAAAAUCCCAAUGAGGAAAAUCGAGAAUAAAUCAAGCCUGCAAGUCGCCUUCACCAAGCGCCGCGGCAGGCUCUUCCGCAAAGCCACCGAACUCUCCAUCCUCUGCGGUGCGGAAGUCGCGAUUCUGGUGCAGUCCCCGGCGCAGAAGCUCUACGCUUUCGGCCACCCUGCUCUGAUCGACCGCAUCGAUCCGAUCUCCCGCCGCCGCUGCGACGACGGCAGCUGGGAGCUUCUGCAACUCAUUUUUGUGGGCAUCGCCGUUUCGUACGGACUGUUAAGCAAGAAUAACGAUAUUGAGCCUCACAAAGACAACUACAAGAUUGAUAAUGCACAACUAUAUUUGUCCAAGCUGCUGCAAGUUUCAUCUGUUUUCGAUGAUGAAUCCGAAUCCGAAUCCGUGAUCGAGGAGAACAAGUUUGAAGCAUUAAACUCUCAGUAUCAUAGAGACGAGACAGUAGUUGUAGUUGAGGAGCAAAACGACGCCGUUUCACAGAGCAGCCGGAAGCCUCUCCUUCUUCCCGUUAGAAGCUUGAACCACCCCCUUCCCAACCCUAAUUCCAGAGCUGGAGAGGCGGAGGAGGAGAAGGAGGUGCUCCGAUCGCCUAUUCCAUGGCGAUCGAGGCCGGGAAGGAGCGGUGAUGGCUAA